CAAAAACUGGGUUAAUAAAAGUGACGGAGAGAUUCUCUCACUCAACUCCCAAGCAAAGAAUCUCUCUCUCUCUCUCUAUAUCCGUCUUCUUCUUCCUCCGUUGAUCAUCCUCUUAGGCUUGUUCGGAUAAUCUUCGAUCCGUUCGAAUCUCUCGCUCCGUGACUGUUCCCGCCAUCUGCGAUCAUCUGAUCCACCGAUCUCCCGCGCGAAAAUUGUAGGAAGAUGAGGUCGCUUCAAGCACCAGUCGUUUGCCCCGCGAUUCGUCGUCCAUGCGCUCUGAACAAACCCACGCUUCUCCUCAGGAGCCAAUUCUUCGGUCACCGGAUCAACAAGUCUCAGGUCACUCCUCCUCGUGGGUGCAGAAACAACAACAACAAGAGGAUCAGCAUAAUAAAGUGUGUGUUCAGCUCUCACUCUGACGGUAACGGAAGCACCGCCGAGAAUUUCAACGAGAACGACGAGGAAUACGUCAACUCUACCAUACUGGAAGCUGUUGAGGUGAAGAGUGGAGCUGAUGGUUUCAUGGUGAAGAUGAGAGACGGUAGGCAGUUACGGUGUGUUCACAACAAUCCUCAAGGUGGGCAUUUGCCUGAUUAUGCUCCCCACCCUGCUAUUGUCUUGAAGAUGGAAGAUGGGACCGGUCUCCUCCUUCCCAUUAUUGUCUUGGAGAUGCCUAGUGUGUUGCUUAUGGCAGCAAUGACCAAUGUCCAGAUUGCAAGACCCACCAUGUAUCAAGUGGUGAAGGAGAUGGUAGACAAGAUGGGUUACGAAGUUAGACUUGUUAGAGUCACCAAAAGAGUUCACGAGGCGUAUUUUGCCCAACUCUACCUUUCAAAGGUGGGUAAUGCAUCUGACUGUAUCAGCUUUGACCUACGCCCUUCAGAUGCAAUUAAUAUAGCUGUUAGAUGCAAGGUACCUGUCCAAGUGAACAAGUACCUUGCAUAUAGUGAUGGAAUGAGAGUCAUCGAGUCAGGGAAGCUGUCACAACAGACACCUGCUUCGGAUGGUUUAUUGUUUACUGAGCAAGACAAACCAAAUGGUCAAGCUUGCCUUGAUACGAAAGAGUUCAAUAUUCUGAGCAACAUGAUGCAAGCCGUUAAUGAAGAGCGAUAUGAUGAAGCCGCUGAAUGGAGAGACAAGCUUGGCCAGUUUAGGGCCAAGCGUAACCUGAGGAAAUACACAUAAGAGAACUCGAUCAACAAGUAUUGGUCUGUGUACAUAAUAAGAAGGUGGUCAUUGUCGGGAUCAAAGUGGAGGAAGAAGCAGAGUCUUCGGAUAUUUAAGAAUGCUUCUACACUUAACCCAUUGUCCCAGAAACAAAAAGAAAAAUGUAAUGUGUUAAAUAUGUAUGUAGCGUGAUGUGUACAUAUUACUUGUUAAUCUACGUCGUCGUACCUAUGCACGUUUAAGUUCAUUCUGAUUGUGUGUUUAAAGGCUCCUAUUGUUUGGCGUUGUCUGAUUAAGUUAAUUGCUGA